AUGCUUACACCACAUGGAGGAGUAUUACAGGAUCUCAUUAAGAGAGAUGCCUCUAAAAAUAAGCAAUUGCUUAUAGAAGCGGCAAACUUAAAGAGCAUUGUUCUAACGGAGAGACAGAUAUGUGACUUGGAGUUGCUUCUUAAUGGAGGCUUUUCUCCUUUGACCGGAUUUCUUAACCAAAAGGAUUAUCAGGCUGUUGUUCAUAAGAUGAGAUUGACAAGUGGAGUCAUCUGGACCAUUCCUAUCAAUCUAGAUGUUUCGCAAUCUGUUGGCUCUUCACUCAAAUCUGGAGAGCGUAUCGUUCUUAGGGAUCCGAGGGAUGAUGCCCCAUUGGCAAUCAUUACAGUUGAAGAUGUCUACAAGCCAGACAAGGUUACGGAGGCCAAAGAAGUGUUUAGAGGUGAUCCUGACCACCCAGCAGUUCGUUAUUUGUACGAUGUAGCAGGUGAGUACUACGUAGGAGGAGCGGUUGAUGCGAUUUCUCUUCCUAAGCAUUAUGAUUACACAGAUCUUCGUAAGACUCCCGCUCAGUUGAGAUCCGAGUUUGCCUCUAGACAUUGGACUCGUGUGGUGGCUUUCCAGACCAGAAAUCCCAUGCAUAGAGCUCAUAGGGAGUUGACUGUUCGUGCUGCACGUGAUAAAUUGGCUAAUUUGUUAAUCCAUCCGGUGGUUGGACUUACCAAACCAGGCGAUAUCGACCACCACACUCGUGUUAAAGUAUAUCAAGAGAUCAUCAAAAAGUAUCCAAAUGGUAUGGCCCAGCUUUCCUUGCUUCCGUUGGCUAUGCGGAUGGCUGGGGAUCGGGAAGCAGUCUGGCAUGCUAUUAUUCGUAAGAAUUACGGUGCUACUCACUUCAUUGUUGGUAGAGAUCAUGCUGGUCCUGGUAGCAACAGUAAGGGAGUUCCCUUCUAUGGUCCUUACGAUGCUCAGGUUCUUGUUAAGAAGUUUUCUAAGGAAUUAGAGAUUGAAAUGGUUCCGUUCAGAAUGGUUACUUAUCUUCCCGACGAAAAUAGAUAUGCCCCAUUGGACACGGUCGCCGAAAAUACAAAGACUCUCAAUAUCUCUGGUACUGAGCUCAGACUCAGAUUGAAGACUGGAGCUGCUAUUCCUGAUUGGUUCUCCUAUCCCGAGGUUGUGAAAAUUCUUAGAACGUAUCAUCCGGCGAGACCCCAUCAGGGAUUCGCUGUUUAUUUGACUGGUUUGCCUUACUCAGGAGUUUCUGCUUUGGGAUAUGCUUUACAGGCCACUUUCAAUCAGUUCAAUGGUAGAAGACAUAUUACCCUUCUUGAUGGUGUCAAUAUUCCUAGAGAUACUUAUCCAGUGGUUAUUUCUGAGCUGGUUCGUGCUGGGGCUGGUGUCAUUGUUGCCAAUUCUGAAGAGAAGGACAAAGAAAUUCCAACUAUAGAACAGAUUGCGGAAUUGCAGAAAUCUGUUUCUAAAGCCGGAUCUUUCAUCUUGGUUUCUGUCAAUACUCCGUUGGAACAAUGCCUCAAAAAUGAUAGAUUUGGAUUCUAUGAUGAGCAUCCAGAGGCAAAGGAUUUCAAGGCUCCUGAGAACGUGGACAUUAGCGCCGAUCUCAGUGAUGAUGGUAUAUACGAAGCUAUUCAAAAGGUUGUACUCUAUUUGGAGGAACAAGAAUUCUAUCAGUUCUGA